UCAACGUCACAAUAAUGCGUGGCUAGACUACCAUGCCUCCUGCUGUCUGCUGCGACAACAAGUGGGUUCCAAUCUGACGGUGAUUGUGUCUCUUUUCAUUCUCAUCACUCAUCUCUUUAUGUUACUCUUUUCGUGAUAAACUCGUAAUUUCAGAAAAAAAAGAGAGGAAUCGAUAGUACUCUGUAACUAUUCCCUUAUAUGAGAUCUAUAGUUUAACCUAAUCCUAAAGGCAUCAUCCCUCAAGGUUUAUAUAACAAUAAUGAUGCUUCCAGUGAUCGUUGCAAUCGUUGUCUGCCUUGCAAGCUACAUUUACCGAUCAUUGAAGCCUCCACCGCCGCGAGUCUGCGGCGUUCCUCACGGUCCUCCGAUUACUUCUCCGAGAAUCAAGCUCAGUGAUGGAAGAUAUCUUGCUUAUAGAGAAUCUGGCGUUGAUAGAGCCAGUGCUAAUCACAAGAUCAUCGUUGUUCAUGGAUUUAACAACUCCAAAGACAUGGAACUUCCCAUCUCUAAGGAUCUUGUUGAGGAACUAGGGAUAUGUUUUCUGUUUUUCGAUAGAGCAGGGUAUGGAGAAAGUGAUCCACACCCUUCACGAACGGUCAAAAGCGAAGCAUAUGACAUUCAAGAACUCGCUGAUAAACUCAACAUCGGACCAAAGUUCUAUGUUAUAGGGUUAUCAGUCGGUGCUUACUCGGUUUAUAGCUGCCUCAAAUAUAUUCCCCACAGAUUAGCUGGAGCAGUCUUAGUGGUUCCAUUUGUCAGCUAUUGGUGGACUAAAGUGCCUCAGGACAUCUUGUGUAAAGCGUUCAAGCUAUUGCCCGAAGAUGUCCGGUGGACGUUUAGAGUGGCUCAUUAUGUUCCUUGGCUCUUGUAUUGGUGGUUGACUCAAAAAUGGUUUCCGUCUUCUAGUAUAAUCUCUGGGAACAGUGCGUUACUGAGCGAUACAGAUUUGGUCAUCAUAAAGAAGAUGUUGGAGAAUCCGAAUCCCCAAACGGAAAAAGUCCGGCAACAGGGAGACCAUGAAUGUCUUCACCGAGACAUGAUCGCUGGAUUCGCGACAUGGGAGUUCGACCCGACUGAAUUGGAAAACCCGUUUACUGAAGGUGGAGGAUCAGUCCACAUGUGGCAAGGUACCGAAGACAGAUUUGUUCCACGCGAAAUUAAUGAAUACAUAUCAAAGAAGCUUCCAUGGAUUAAGUACCACGAAGUCCAAGGCUAUGGUCAUCUUCUAAGCGAGGAGGAGCAGAAAUGUGAAGACAUUAUUAAGGCGCUUCUUGUCGAGUGAUGAUCAUCUAUCAACGCAUGCUACUUACACUAAAAAAAUGUUGAAGGUCGCAUUUAAACUUUUAGUAAAAGCAUUCAUUUGAUGAGUAAGAAAAUAUAUUAUUGUUGUAAGUUUUUGACAAAGGAGAACCACUUAAACGUCGUAUAAAGUUAUAAACUUAGGGUUAUAUAA